CCUUCUUUCUCUCUGCUCCUUUUACCUUUCCCUUUCUUUUUCUUUUCUUUUUUCUCUCUCUCUACCUUCUAAACUCUCGGUCUCCCAUCUUCUUCUCUUUCCCCGAAUCUCUUCUCCCUCUCUAAUCCUCUCAAUCUCUCAAUCUGUUCCUCUCAACCUCCGGCGACCGAACCCAACCAACCUUCGUCCACCUCUUUUCCGGCGAAAUCCCUGAGGAAAUCUCAAGCCGCCACCAUCCACCAUUUUUUUCCGAAGAAGAACUCCUGGCCAUGGGCCGAGUUCAUUCACCUCUCUCUUCCCCAUCUCUCUAUUUCCUCUAAAACACUCUUCUCCGGCCGAUUUAGGCCAAGGAGAAGCCGAAUCGUAUUCGGCGACUCUCUGUAUUUUCCGGCGAGCUUCCGGCGAAGCUCCGAUCGUCUGUUCCAGCCAUGGUUAGGCUGAAAUUUGUGGAUUCAUCCUAAAAAUCUCUCUCUCCGUUUCCUCUCCUCAUUUCCGAACCUGACGCAGCGUAGGCAAAAGAGUUUUAACAGAAAGAGAGUAGCCAGAGCUAUACAGCCUUCUCCAUCUCCAGCGGAGGAGUCAUCUUCAUCGUCUGAGGCUACUGCAUCUACAUCUUCAGAGCCAUCUUUUAUGGAGGCUCAAGGUCCCAUUAUCUGGGUAGUGCCUCCUCUCUUUCUCUGGCAGGAAAUUGGAGCUGAAAUUCAGAUUCGACAGCGAGUUAUUUGCUAGGUUAGGGCAGACAAAGUGGUCUUUUGAUGAGCUCACCUGUAGGGCAUCGAUGCUAUUAUGACUCUGGCAGACAUUAUAGUCUAUACCCAGUUGGUUGAUUUGUUUUUCCAGCACCUCUGGAUGGAUAAGGAUGAUCGUUAGUUGAUACACAUGACUAUAGAUCGUCAGGACAUUGACAUUUCCAUCCCUGUCAGUGCUACUGCUUGCCGAUGCCCCUAUCUCUCACCAUUAGUCGCUGACUCUGAGGAUCCUCUAUGCCCUAUCAUUCCAGCUUAUUCUGCUGAGAUGACCAUGGUUGCUACACUCUCUCCACAGGCUGCCUUCGAAGGUAACAUUUUUGUAUACCGGGUUGAUAUUGAUCCCUGCUACUGGUCCUUAGAUUCUGUGUUGCAUCUCAAUGCUUUUCUUUUAGGUCAUGGUACACAGAGGCGAGAGGAGGGUUUACAAGCUCUAUACUAUUUGAGUCAUGGUUACUGGAUCUCUAUUCCUGUUCUCAUCUGGGAGAUUAUCCAUAAGUACUGGGAAAAUCUGAUCUUUAAGUGCAAUACCAGAGUUGAUGCUUGGUCUUUCCCAUUUGGCCAUCUGAUUACACAGUUAUUGAUUGACCAAGGCUAUUUCUUUGACCCAGCUGAGAUUGCAGAGCCUGCAAAGCAGAGAGAGAAGAGGGGUUAUGACAUGAAGCAGUAGAACAAGACGUUCAAUGCUUGCACAAAUAAUAGGAAGAAUAGAGAGCAGAAAAGGGAGCGAGCUCAAUAGAGAGCAGAGGAGGACACAACAGAGGGAUCUCAGGGAUCAUCAUCUUCCUAUAGACCUAGACAGAGGCAGUGUACUACUACUUCCACAUCUAUGUCACAGCCGGGUCAGCCUCUUCCUCCACAUCCAUCUCAGCAGGCCGGCCCCUCACAUGUCCCCUCUAUAGAGCUGAUGCCACAGGCCGACACCCGUCACAUCAUGCUAGUUUAGAUUCCAGCUACAGAGCUGACCUGACUCAGCUGCAUUCAGACUUUACUUCUUUCAGAGCUGACAUAACGGAGCGGCAUGAUUAAUGACGAGGCGGCACGACGAUUUAGCUAGGAGGUAUGAUGACUAAGCCAGGCAAUCUGACAAUCUGACUAGAGCUGUAGCAAAUGCGAGGAGAGAAAUUUCAGAGUUGAGGACAAACAUUCAGACGUCUUUUACUUGCCAUAGCCGGGAGAUGUCAGAUAUGCUCCAGAUUAUUGCCGACAUGCUUGUGCCAGAUGCUGCACCAUGAUUCUACCAUUAUCUCUAUCUCUAUUACUCAUUUCUUACCCUGCUACAUUUUGAUACACUGCUAUUUCUGGGAUAUUUUUGCACUGUUUUGAUAUUUUGCACUGGUUUUGGAUAUUUUGCACUACACUUGAUACACAUGGUUUUUGGAUAUUGGUUUUGGAUUUAUUUUCACGGAUUUUUGGAUUUUUGAUAUUAUUGAUUUUGGUUUUGGAUA